AUGGAUGUAAUUAUAGCAUUCUUGAAUGGUGUAAUUGAAGAAGUUUUUAUUGAGCAUCCAAAUGGAUUUGUGAUCCAUGAGAAAGAAUCACAUGUAUGCAGAUUGAAAAAGGCCUUGCAUGGCCUUAAGGAAGCUCCACGUGUUUGGUAUGAAAGAAUUGAUCAGUAUUUGUUGAGCUUGGGUUUUCUCAAAAAUGAUGCAGAUCCAAAUAUCUACUUCAAGGUAAUUGAUGUUAAAGCCUUAAUUUUAGUUCUAUAUAUUGAUGAUUUAUUUCUUACUGGAGAGGAUGAUCUCAUUGCUAGAUGUAAGAAAGAGUUAGCUUCUGAAUUUGAGAUGAAAGAUCUUGGUUUGAUGUAUUAUUCUCUUGGUUUAGAAGUGUGGCAAAGACCAAAUGAAGUCAUAUUGAGUCAAGAGAAAUAUGCCAUUGAUCUUUUGAAAAGAUUUGGUAUGUUAGAUUGCAAGUCUAUGGCAACUCCCAUGGAAGCAAAUCUGAAAAAGUUACACGACGUUGCAAUUAGUUCAGACUUAGUUGAUCCUACUAUGUAUAGACAAUUGAUUGGAUCUUUGAUGUAUUUAGUCAAUACAAGGCUUGACAUAUGUUAUGCUGUUAAUACUCUCAGUCAAUUUAUGUGUGAGACUAGACAGAUUCAUUUUGUUGCAGCUAAACAUAUACUGAGAUAUGUGCGUGGUACAAUGGGAUAUGGCCUGAAAUAUACUUCUUGUGAAGUCCUGAAUUUGCAGGGUUUUUCUGAUUCAGAUUGGGCUGGAUGUGUUCCUGACAGGAAAAACACUUCAGGAUGUUGUUUCAGCCUAGGUUCAGCUACGAUUUUCUGGUGCAGCAGAAAACAAUCAUGUGUUGCUCAGAGUACGACUGAAGUGGAAUAUGUUGCAAGUUGUGUGGCUGCAAGUGAAGUAGUGUGGCUUCGCAAAUUGCUCGCAGGAUUGUUUGGGCAACAUUUGGAACCUAUAGUGAUUCUUUGUGUGCCUGGGAAUAAUGAAGCACGAAUUGCAAGUCUUGAUCAUCAGUUGCAUGUUAAUUUGCCUCACAGCCAUUGGCAUGAAAGUGGGCACAAUAUAGUUGACAGACAGUUGAAGUAUAGAAAACUUGGUCCUAAGAAUGUCUCAUAUAAUCCCUUACCUGCAGUGAAUUCAAAAACCUGUCAUGACAGCCCACAAGGCAGUCCCCCUAACGCUAACAAAGAGCGGGUUCAUGAAAUAGAAGGGAGAAACCAGAGCAAGGUUCUAGCUUUUAUGGCAUGA